AAAAGACCCUUAAAAGGUACAAGUACCUGUCAUUUACAUCCAAGCGACCGAAAUUACGACAGGUUUAAGUACCUUACUUAAGGUAGAUUUAAUAAUUCGUACUAACUUGGUGACAACUUCGCGUUCGCGUCUAUUUCUCUUUUACUCUUUACUCUUUACUUAUUUACCUACCUAGGUACCUACCUAACUUAUUACUUUUUACUCUUUACUCUUCAAUCAAUACCUAACUCAACCCAAUCCUCUUGCUAGCACACAUACAUACCAUACACAGGAUUAAACGGUGUUCCAAAUUUACAGAAUACCAAUCAAUAUCCCCCUCCUCCCCCUCACACCAUCGCAUGCUUCAAAUACCCCAUCGAACUCAUACAGAAGAUGGAUACCUCCCCGAGCAAGAGACGCGUCUUGGGUUCUAUAGAGUUGAAUUCUAGAAGCCCCAUUUCAGCUUCGAAACACCUAGAGCUCAAGGAAAAAGCAAUCUCUCCUAGCAGAAGCACAAUAGACGAUUCUAUUAAGAGGCCUCUUGAGCUAGACCCAGAAGUUGCAGGCCAGCGCCAAGGACAUACGCUUAUACUACCAGCUAAGAAGCCGCGCCUCUCUGUUGGAGAAGGAGAAAAAGAACUUGAAAAAACAGUUACAGACGAAGAGCGCCAUGCAGAAAGGGACUCACCCCGAGAAGACGAAGAAGAAGAUGGAGUUGAACGCCGGCGGUCCAAAUCCAAAUCUGCGGAAGAAGAGUCGUUGCUCCUGGAUAACUCCGGCAUCAACUCGACUCAAGAGACCGCGGUAACAGAGCCAGACACGGAGCUUACAGAGCCUGCAGGAACAGCUCCAGCAACUCCGCCUGCGCCCUCUCGAAGGAGGUCAACUAUGACUAGGGAGGAAGCUCGACAGAAAGCAGAGACGCUGCGACUCAGACUAGGUCUUGCUAGCUACAAGGUCCGCACAGGGCAGACGGACGUAUCUCUAGAACAGCUCGAGGCCAAGUCGUUAUUAAGAUCUAGACAGCCAAAGGAGCCCACUCUGCCUCGGCUACUGCUAUGGGCCACGAGCACCGGGGAGGAAGAAAGAGCGGACAAGACACCGUCUUCGGGGCGCAAGGCCUUGCCUACGGCGCCAUCUCUCAGCCGGGAUAGCAGCUUCGAGAAGGGCAGGUCGGGAACGGAGAGGAGACAGCUGCCUGGGAUACCGAUACCGUGGCCGGAUUCUCGAAGAGCAUCUCGAUAGAAAAGAAAGCCGCGGCUGAAAGCGCUGGGUGGAAGGGUUUUUUUUUGUAUGGGAUUGUGCCGGCAACGGUAAUUCAUUCCUAAGAUAGGGGAGAGGGGUUUUUUUUAACCUAGGAGUUGGGGGCGUGUGAAAGGGAACUGGGGUUAGAAGGAUAUAUCUCUUUGCAAGUAAGAGAGAGAGAGAGGAAGAGAGAGAGAGAGGAAGAGAGAGAGAGAGGAAGAGAGAGAGAGAGGAAGAGAGAGAGAGAGGAAGAGAG